AUGGAAACUGAAGAAGGCAGCGAGUCAAAAUCGCCUCUUAAAAGGAUUUUUAGAAAGAAAAGUUCAUCAAGCUCGUCUUCAAAAAGUUCAAAAUCUUCUCAUUCAAGCUCAUCAAGCAGUGACGAGGAGUCAACAGAUGAUGAUAAGGAUUCAAGAAAACCAACAAAAGAAAUAGAAACACCCAAAGAACAAGAUGUAGCUGAUGAAAAGACCAGUGAGACUGUUGAAGAUGAGGUUAAACCAGAUGAAAAAGCUAGUGACACAAUUGAAGAUAAGGUUAAACCAGAUGAUGGUAGUGAGGGUGAUGUCUCAGGUAAAAUCAGUGACACUGAAGAAGUGAAACCAGACCUGGAAGAAGAUCAGCAUAUAGAUAAUGCUGAAGUGGUUGUACCUGAACCUACAGAAACAAUUGUUAAAGAACAAACUAUUACUCAAACACCAGAAAAAGAAACUGAUGCAGGUGAUAAAACCACACUAACUGAAGAAGUAAUUGUUGUUGAAAAGGAAAUUAUUUCAUCUGCAUCACCAAAAUUUAGCACGAAAAGUGACUCCAGUACAAGCAGUGAUGAUGAAAAAACAAAGAAAACUGAAGAGGGCAGCGAGUCAAAAUCGCCUCUUAAAAGAUUUUUCAGAAAAAAAAGUUCAUCAAGCUCGUCUUCAAAAAGUUCCAAAUCUUCUCAUUCCAGCUCAUCAAGCAGUGACAAGGAGUCAACAGAUGAUGAUAAGGAUUCAAGAAAACCAACUAAAGAACCAGAAACACCCGAAGAACAAGAAAUAGCUGAUGAAAAGACUAGUGAGACUGUUGAAGAUGAGGUUAAAUCAGAUGAUAACGCCAGUGAGUCAGUUGAAUAUGAGGUUAAACCAGAUGAUAAAACCAGUGACACAACUGAAGAUACGGUUCAACCAGAUGAUGGAAGUGAGGGUGAUGUCUCAGGUAAAAUCAGUGACACUGAAGAAGUGAAACCAGAACUGGAAGAAGAUAAGCCCGGUGACAAUGCUGAAGUGGUUGUACCUGAACCUACAGACACAAUAGUUGAAGAACAAAUUAUCACUGAAGCACCAGACAAGCAAACUGAUGCAGGUGAUAAAACCACACCAACUGAAGAGUUAAUUGUUGUUGAAAAGGAAAUUACUUCAUCUGCAUCACCAAAAUUUAGCACAAAAAGCGACUCUGGUACAAGCAGUGAUGAAGAAAAAGCAAAGGAAACUGAAGAAGGCAGCGAGUCAAAAUCGCCUCUUAAAAGGAUUUUUAGAAAGAAAAGUUCAUCAAGCUCGUCUUCAAAAAGUUCAAAAUCUUCUCAUUCAAGCUCAUCAAGCAGUGACGAGGAGUCAACAGAUGAUGAUAAGGAUUCAAGAAAACCAACAAAAGAAAUAGAAACACCCAAAGAACAAGAUGUAGCUGAUGAAAAGACCAGUGAGACUGUUGAAGAUGAGGUUAAACCAGAUGAUAAAGCUAGUGACACAAUUGAAGAUAAGGUUAAACCAGAUGAUGGUAGUGAGGGUGAUGUCUCAGGUAAAAUCAGUGACACUGAAGAAGUGAAACCAGACCUGGAAGAGAUCAGCAUAUAUAUAAUGCUGAAGUGGUUGUACCUGACCUACAGAACAAUUGUUGAAGAACAAACUAUUACUCAACACCAGAAAAGAAACUGA